AUGUGGGGCGUUUUUGGUUGGUUUAGAGAUAUACUAUCUUCCUUAGGUUUAUGGAACAAGCAUGGUAAAUUAUUAUUUUUAGGGUUAGAUAAUGCAGGUAAAACAACCUUGUUACACAUGUUGAAAAAUGAUAGAUUGGCUGUUUUACAACCUACUUGGCAUCCAACUUCUGAAGAAUUGACCAUUGGAAAUAUUAAAUUCACCACCUUUGAUCUAGGUGGACACACUCAAGCUCGUCGUUUAUGGAAAAACUAUUUCCCAGAAGUCAAUGGUAUUGUAUUUUUAGUUGAUGCCGCAGAUCCACAAAGAUUCCCAGAAGCCCGUGCCGAAUUGGAAGGUUUGUUUUCUAUUCCUGAGUUGGCUGGCGUUCCAUUCGUGAUUCUAGGUAAUAAAAUCGAUUCCCCAAUGGCUGUUCCAGAAACAGAAUUAAGAAGCGCCUUAGGUUUAAUGAAUACCACUGGUAGUACAAAGAUUGAAGGACAAAGACCUGUGGAAGUUUUCAUGUGCUCUGUUGUUUUGAAAAACGGUUAUACAGAAGCUUUCCAAUGGCUAUCUCAAUUCAUUUAA